AUGGUAAAUACCAAAACCAAGUAUGGAGACUUUAUCAAACCCGUCAAUACUAACGAAACUAAUAAAAGAAGUCGAGAAGAAGUUGAAUUAUCUGAAGAUGAAAUAGUCGGUGAACCGGCUUUGCGAAAACCAAUUAAUGAUUAUUCGGUUAAUAUUGGAGAGGAAGUAAGAAGACUAUACAUAACGAAAGGCGCUUGUCAACCAAAAGGUCAAAUCUUCCCUUCAACGAAAAUUUGUGGACAUAUGAGAAAGUUUCAUGAAAUGUGGUUUGGCGACUUUGAUUGGUUAGAAUAUAGUGCAUCAAAAGAUGCUGCAUUUUGUUUAUGGUGUUAUUUAUUCCCCACGGGAAAUAAACAUGGGGAUGAUGUCUUUAUAAACCAUGGUUUUAGAAACUGGAAAAAGGCAUGUGAAAGUUUUCGUGACCAUGAAGGGGGUUCGAACAGUAGACAUAAUCAUGCUAGAGUUCAGGUUGAGUUAUUCAAAGAUCAAAGGCAUAAUGUAAACAAUAUGUGGUCACAACACACUAAGCAAGACGAGAUUGAUUAUCGUAUUUGGUUAACCGCUGUUGUUGAUGUUAUUCGAUUCCUUUUAAAACAAGGUUUGGCAUUUUGCGGGCAUGACGAGUCUACAACUUCUAAUAAUCGAGGUAAUUUUCUUGAACUUGUAAAAUGGUAUUGUGAGCAUAAUGAUGAAGUAAAUAAGGUGUUGAAUUUAAAAGUUCCUGGAAAUCAUCAGUUGACUUCACCUAAAAUUCAAAAGGAAAUAGUUAAUGCCUGUGCUACGGAGGUAAGAAACAUUAUUGUGAAUGAGGUUAAAGGGAAGUUCUUUUCUAUUUUGAUUGAUGAGUCUCGUGAUUGUUCUAUAAAGGAGCAAAUGGCAAUGGUUUUCAGAUAUGUGGAUGAUGGUGGAGAAGUGAUUGAACGAUUUGUUGGGGUAGUGCAUGUUACCGACACUUGUGCAUCAUCUUUAAAAAGUGCUAUUGACAACUUCUUUGCAAAACAUGGUUUAACUAUGUCUAGAGUUAGAGGUCAAGGUUAUGAUGGAGCUUCAAAUAUGCGUGGCGAGCUAAAUGGGUUAAAACAAAAAAUUUUAGAUGAAAAUAAGUAUGCGUUUUAUAUUCAUUGUUUUGCUCACCAGUUGCAGAAAGAUUCGAUUAGGCAAAAACAAUAUGACGAUUUUGUUAAACGUAUCGAGAUGGGUGAAGUUUGUACAGGAAAAGGAAAAAACCUAGAAAUGAGUUUAGUCCGAGCUGGUGACACUCGUUGGGGUUCGCAUCUUAAAACUAUACAUCGGAUUUUAGACUUGUGGAAACCAGUGAAAGAAGUACUUAUUGCUUUGUCUAGAGAGGGUCCAGAUAGAAAAACUAAGGGAACUGCGCUUAGUAUGGCUGAGAAAAUGGAAAACUUUGAAUUUGUUUUUAUUGCUCAUUUAAUGUUGAAUUUAUUAAGAAAGACAAAUGACUUGUCACAAGCCCUACAGCUAAAGAAUCAAAAUAUUUGUAGCGCUAUUCGAUUGAUUAAAGAUACGAAAUAUGAUAUAAAGAAAUAUAGGGACGAUGGAUGGCAGGUGUUAAUAAAAGAAGUCACUAUAUUCUGUGCUCAAAAUGAAAUUCAUAUGCCUAAUAUGGAAAACGUCAUUCCAGGACGAGUUAGAAGGACAAUUGAUGAUGAACCACAAACAUAUCUCCACCGUUUUCGUGUUGAUAUUUUUUAUCAGGUUGUUGAUCUUCUUCUUAAUGAAAUGAAUGAGCGUUUUACUAAGUCUAACUCGGAGUUGCUUACGUGUAUUGCGUGCCUUGAUCCUAGAGAUUCAUUUCAAUCUUUAGACCGUGAGAAGUUAUUACGGCUUGCCGAGUUAUAUUCAGAAGAUUUUACUCAAUUUGAUCUUGGUCAACUAAAGAUACAACUAGAUCGGUAUAUUUCAAAUAUAAGAAGUAAUGAAGCCUUUUCUGGUCUUCAAGAUAUUGGACAACUUGCAAAGAAAAUGGUCCACAUGAAGUAUCAUAUUACUUAUGCACUCGUCUAUCGACUACUUGAGUUGGCAUUGGUCUUGCCUGUUGCAACCGUUACUGUCGAAAGAUCUUUUUCCGCAAUGAAGUUUAUCAAGAUGGAUUUACAAAAUAAGAUGGGUGAUAUGUUUCUCACAGAUGCAUUGGUGUGCUAUGUCGAGAAAGAUAUUUUUGAUAGUGUUGAAAUUGAAGCAAUUUUGCAAAGGUUUCAAAAUAUGGGACCCCGUAGAUUACAAUUACCAGCUGUUAAAAAAAAUAAUUGGUGUAUGCUAUGA